GCGGGCUAAGUUUUUAAGGUGAUUAAAUAAACCAAGAGGACAUGUCCGCUUGGCAUUCGUUUCCCACAUAUCUGAAGUGAGGCUGCAUGCGCUUGGACGCACUCGUGAUUUUUGUUUGACCCUUUGAAAACGACACGGUCACCAGCCUAGUUAUCUGUAAAAACCGUUAGGCUUGUCCAUUAAUACUCUUUGGGCACGUUAACGAUCAUGAUUCUCUCACAGACAUGUGUUUUCAAGAGUAUUCUUCAACAUGGGCGGUGUUUUACAAGGAGUCGAUUUAGUGAAAAAGCGCUCGUUUCCAAGUUUACCUCUGCACCUCUGUCCAGCGGAGCCAUACACCGGGCUCAAUCCAGUUUCACUGGUGGAGUAGAGCGCACCCUCGUAGCGGUGAAGCCUGAUGGAGUUCAACGAAGAUACGUUGGACAAAUUAUUCAGCGCUUUGAGAAACGGGGCUUCAAACUAGUGGGCUUGAAGAUGUUGCAGGCAUCUGACGGUCUCCUGUCUCAGCAUUACCGAGAGCUCGUGAAGAAGCCCUUCUAUCCGAAUCUGGUUGACUACAUGACAUCGGGUCCUGUGGUCGCCAUGGUGUGGGAGGGCCUGAACGUGGUCCAGUCGUCUCGCAGGAUGGUUGGCCCCACCAACCCAGCGGAGGCCCCGGCAGGCACGGUGCGCGGAGACCUCAGCCUCCACGUCAGCCGGAACGUGGUCCAUGCCAGUGACUCUGUUGAGGGUGCUGAGAGGGAGAUCCAGCUGUGGUUUGAAGGCAAAGAGCUGCUCAACUGGGAGUGCUAUGACCAUAGUUUAACCUACAAAGAGGACAAAUAAAGAGGACCAAUGAAAGAGAGAGAUAACGUGAAGCAAGUUGUUAUAACGGUUCAAUGAGAGGGGACAUUUUAGCUCAACCGCUAGUGGUUGAGGCCUCUGCCUUUUUUUGGAUCUACGUUUGUUUAACUUGACGCUGUGAUUUCAGGAUAUUUGUAUUGAUUAUCGCGGUCGAUUUUUUUCAUUGUGGGUUGCCAAUGUUUAUGAUUCAUAUCGCAUUUUACUGUUUUACAGACAUUGAGGCAAUGUACUUGGACUCUCUUAACUCUAUCAACUUUGCCUUAUUAACCGUUUCCACUGUAGAGGUACUGAGCGUGAGCCCCCUCUGCUGACAGAACUUGGCCCAAGUGGGUAAAAAAUAAAUAUGUAAUUGUGUGUAGAAUGGAGCCUGUGACACUAUGCAGCUCUGUUAAAGUCAAUGGGAUAUUUGUAUUCUUUAAAUUAAAAUAAGUAAUUGGAGGCAGUUAAACUGAACAAAUGUAUUCACAAUUUCUGACAUAGUAUUUCUGAAGUGUUCUGUGUUUUGAAAGACAUUUUCACGAGUGCCUUAACUGUAAUAUCUGAGUUUUUAUUUUCUGAAAGUUACUAUCGGUGGACAGUUUAAAAACGAACGUCAUCUGACAAACAUUUAUUGAUAAAGUGUUUACAUGAGAGCUGUUGGGAUUGUAUCAGAAGUUACUUCAUUUACUUCUGAUCACUAUUGCGCUCUUCUACAUUUUCACUUGAUUAAAAGUGCAAUGUUUCCCCCCCA